CAGCCAGACGGCCAGAUGCCGAGUGACAAGACCAUCGGAGGAGGAGACGACUCUUUCAACACCUUCUUCAGUGAGACCGGAGCUGGGAAACAUGUUCCUAGGGCGGUCUUUGUGGACCUGGAGCCCACAGUCAUUGAUGAAGUGCGUACGGGAACAUACCGCCAGCUCUUCCACCCUGAGCAGCUGAUUACAGGAAAAGAAGAUGCAGCCAACAACUACGCCCGUGGUCACUACACGAUCGGCAAGGAAAUCAUUGACCUGGUUCUGGACAGGGUUCGCAAACUGGCUGACCAGUGCACUGGCCUCCAAGGUUUUCUGAUCUUCCACUCCUUUGGAGGAGGAACCGGCUCUGGCUUCACGUCUCUGUUGAUGGAACGUCUCUCAGUGGACUACGGAAAGAAGUCCAAGUUGGAGUUUGCCAUCUAUCCGGCCCCUCAGGUGUCCACCGCCGUGGUGGAGCCAUACAACUCCAUCCUGACCACGCACACCACCCUGGAGCACUCCGACUGUGCUUUCAUGGUGGACAAUGAAGCCAUUUAUGACAUUUGCAGGAGAAACCUGGACAUUGAGCGUCCCACAUACACCAACCUCAACAGGCUUAUUGGUCAAAUUGUCUCUUCAAUUACAGCCUCACUUCGCUUUGACGGCGCCUUGAAUGUGGACCUGACAGAGUUCCAGACCAACCUGGUGCCCUACCCACGCAUCCACUUCCCUCUGGCGACUUACGCCCCCGUCAUCUCAGCAGAGAAAGCGUACCAUGAGCAGCUGUCUGUGGCGGAGAUCACUAAUGCCUGCUUUGAACCAGCCAAUCAGAUGGUCAAAUGUGACCCUCGCCAUGGCAAGUACAUGGCGUGCUGCCUACUGUACCGUGGUGACGUGGUGCCUAAAGAUGUCAACUCCGCCAUAGCCACCAUUAAAACCAAACGCACCAUCCAGUUUGUGGACUGGUGUCCCACUGGCUUCAAGGUGGGCAUCAACUACCAGCCCCCCACUGUGGUUCCCGGAGGAGACCUGGCCAAAGUUCAGAGGGCCGUCUGCAUGCUGAGCAACACCACCGCCAUCGCUGAGGCCUGGGCCCGACUGGACCACAAGUUUGACCUGAUGUAUGCCAAGAGGGCGUUUGUGCACUGGUACGUCGGCGAGGGGAUGGAGGAAGGAGAGUUUUCUGAGGCCAGAGAAGACAUGGCCGCCCUGGAGAAGGACUACGAGGAGGUGGGCACAGAUACCAUCGGGGAUGAAGGAGAGGAAGAGGGGGAGGAGUAUUAACUGAACUCAAUCAAUAUUUAA